GCGUUCACCAUUCACCGUCAUAAUGGGACAAGAGGUAUUUGAUGCCAGCGAUAUCCACACCAACACGGAUCGCUAUUGCGACGAGUGUCGCCAAAUGGCGUCCUUCACGGGGCUUUCAUUCCACCGCCGGUUCAGUAAGCCCGGCGUGGCCAAGGAGGCUACCAUGCCGCACCAGGGGCUGGUGAACUGGCGCGAUGCCCCGGACCCCAAAUGCGCCCUGUGCGGGUUUCUCGAUUCCGAGCUCAACAAAGGCCCGGGCGAGUACCUGUUUGGGCGAGUUGGCAUUGACAUCAAGGGCUUCGCCUUGCCGGGAGAUGCCGCUGCCAAGUUCACCGAUGUAAUGCGGCCUCCGGUGGACCCGGCGAGCGAUGUGGUCUUUGACAAGGCCAGGAAAUGGAUCAAAACCUGCUGCACCUCACACAAGCAGUGCCGGGUUACUGGCAAGGACGGGCUAUCCUAUCUGCCGACUCGGGUCAUUGACGUGGGGGUGGAUGACGGGGACGCGCUUAAACUUCACGUCAGCGCCGAGGACGAGCAGGCAGAGUACGCGUGCCUGAGCUACUGCUGGGGCGGGGACCAGUUCAAGACUACCUGCGCCAACCUUGAGUCACUCACAGCCGAGAUACCGAGGGACAGCCUAUUCCAGACGGUGACCGACGCCGCGGAGGUCACCCGACGGCUGGGCUUGCGAUAUCUGUGGGUGGACGCCCUGUGCAUCGUCCAAGACAGCGACGAGGACAAGGCCAAGCACAUCUACACCAUGGGCGCCAUCUACAAGAACUCGACCAUCACCAUUGUCGCCGCGACGGCCAGCGCAGCGAGCCAAGGCUUUCUACGCACCCCAAGAGAACCCCUGCCGACAGCCGUCGUAAACCUGCCGCUGCCCAACGGAGAAAUCGGCCCCGUUCACCUCACGCUUGACGAGCUCACCAGACAGGGCCCCUUGCGGGCCAAAAGCUAUCACCCGCUCGACCAGCGCGGUUGGUGUUUGCAGGAGCACCUCUUAUCGCCGCGGCUGCUGUACUUUGCCAACUGGAACGUCGAGUGGCACUGCCAGCACGGGGACGUGCAGUUUGUGUUUGACGACCUCUUUGGCAGAACCAAGUCUGUCCCGAACAGCUUCCGCCUCGAACCGGGCAUUUUCGGGGCUGCGAGUGUCGGCGACGUCGCGGCGAGGACGUAUGCCUUUGGGCGCAUCCCGAUCCGUCUGAAUCUGUGGAGACGCAUCGUGGAAGACUACACCAGGCGGGGGUUGACGGUGCCGAGUGAUCGGCUGCCGGCCCUGGCCGGCAUUACCCGCGAGCUGGAGUGGGUGUGGCAGGAUGAGUGUGUCUUUGGCGUGUGGAAGUCGCCCGCGCUGGCGGCCCAUUUCUUGGGUUGGCAAGCUACGAAAAGGAGUACGAGGUCAGGCAUGGCACCCACCUGGUCGUGGGCGUCCAUUUCGGGGGGUGUAAGGGUUCCAAUCUGUGACCGCACACACAUGAGCGUGGAACUGGAACUGGGGCAUAUCAGCUUUGAUGGUAAAGGAGGUGUUCAGGAUCAGGACGGAGUCGCAGAGCCGGGUCACGAAUCGUAUAAGUUCCCCCGCUUGACGCUGACGGGCAAGGUCAUUGAACCGCAGCCCGAGACGAUUCACACGCCCGAGGAGUCAGUUGCAUGGCGCUUUGACCUUGACGAGCCUAUCUUCCGGCACGAGGUGAGCCACCUGAUGCUGGAUUACCACUCGAACCUUGUGGAUAGACAAAAGCGGACCGAAAUGAGGUGCAUAGCUAUUCGGAAGAUAAAGGACGAAGACGGUGUGUAUGAGCGUGUUGGUGUGCUGAAUUACGAGUAUAAACGGGGUGUUUUUGAAGAGGAUACCCCCUGGUUGAAGCUGGUCAAGGAGGCGGCAAAGGUCCAGAUUCAGCUGGUGUAGCCCACCUACUCUUACGGAUAUGUCACUCGACGAGGGCUACAUGCUGUAUGCCCAGUGGAAGAGCGUUUUCUACACGUGUAUAUAUGUACAGCGCCAUGAAUACAAGCCCAACGUUCCGC